GUGCCGGUGCGGCGCGGGCGGGGCGGGCGGCGAUGCCGGCGGCUCGGCGGGCGCUGCGGGCGGCGCGGGCGCUGCUGUUCUGGGCGCUGGUGUACGGGUACUGCGCGCUCUGCGCCGCGCUGGCCGCGCUGCGCCUGCUCGGCAGCCUCGGCCGCGGCCCCGCGCGCGCCCUGCGCCGCCCCGCGCGGGACAGCGCACCCGCCUGCCUGCACGACCCCUCGCUGGGCACCCACUGCUACGUGCGCCUCAAGGAUUCAGGGUUGAGAUUCCACUAUGUGGCUGCUGGAGAAAGGGGCAAACCACUCAUGCUGCUGCUUCAUGGCUUCCCAGAAUUCUGGUAUUCCUGGCGCCAUCAGCUGCGGGAAUUUAAAAGUGAAUAUCGAGUGGUGGCCCUGGAUUUGAGAGGUUAUGGAGAAACAGAUGCUCCUUCUCACAAAGAAAACUACAAGUUAGAUUGCCUGAUCACAGAUAUAAAGGACAUCUUGGAAUCUCUAGGAUACAACAAGUGCGUGCUGGUUGGCCAUGACUGGGGAGGAAUGAUCGCCUGGUUAGUGGCUAUAUGUUUCCCUGAAAUGGUGACGAAGCUGAUCGUGGUUAACUUCCCUCAUCCUUCAGUGUUCACAGAAUACAUUCUACGACAUCCAUCACAAUUGAUUAAAUCUGGUUACUACUUCUUUUUCCAAAUGCCAUGGUUUCCUGAGUUCAUGUUUACAGUAAAUGAUUUCAAGGUUCUGAAAAGUUUAUUUACCAGCCAGGCCACUGGAAUUGGUAGGAAAGGCUGCAGGUUAACAGCAGAGGAUAUUGAAGCCUAUCUCUAUGUCUUUUCACAACCUGGAGCACUCACUGGACCCAUUAACCAUUACAGAAAUAUUUUCAGCUGCCUGCCUCUGCAGCACCAUGAAGUCACCAUGCCAACCCUGCUGUUGUGGGGCGAAAGAGAUGCGUUUAUGGAGGUUGAGAUGGCAGAAAUGACCCGGAUUUAUGUUAAAAAUCAUUUCCGAUUAACUAUUCUGUCUGAAGCCAGUCACUGGCUGCAGCAGGAUCAGCCUGACAUCGUGAACAAGUUGAUAUGGACCUUUCUAAAGGAAGAGCCAACAAGAAAAAGAGAGUGACUGUAUGUGUUUUAAGAGGUCUACGUAAAAGCUCUUCAGAUUUAAAAACUAUUAUCAGGGCCACGUUUCCAGCCUGCCUUCUGUUUUGAGCUCUUUUAGAGAAAGGUGUUUUCAAAUGUACUGUACGUUCGGACACUGAUGUUACUGCUAAAAGAAGAAGUGAGUGCAAGAAUAUAUGAUAUCAACAUUGUUUUUACCUGUAUACUUGUAUUUUGCACAUAAAAACACCUGCCUUAAGAUAAACAUGUAUUUGUACAGAAAGAAAAUCGUCAAAAAGUUGCUUGGUUUUGUUUUCUCCCUUGCUUUACAGUUCUAAUGUGUGGUGCCUUUUACAAAUUUAUAAUGAGGCAUUUAAGCGGUGCCAUGCUGAAGAAAGUCCUGAGUUUUCAUUGUAGAUUCACCUGAAUUUUUUUAAUGUAUUUUACCAUUAAACAGUAACUUAACUCUUCUUAUUUUCUAUAUUUUAGCAUACUGAAUGACUGAAAAAU